AUGGGUGGCGGGCAUGAUCAGCCGUCAUUUCGAGUUGCGUUAUACCCCAGGAUGACGUGCUCUGAAGAGAGCCAACCGAAUUUAGAUGAACGUUUCGAUAGUGCCGUUGGCAUCAUUCAGAACCUUCCCAAAGAUGGUCCAAUGCAACUGACCAGGGAUCAAAAACUGAAAUUUUACUCAUUCUUCAAGCAGGCUACUAUUGGUCAAUGUAAUAAACCAAAACCAUCGUUUUGGAAUAUCGUCGAUUCUUACAAAUGGGAUGCAUGGAAUAAACUCGGUGAAAUGCAAAGCGAAGAAGCAAAAUUGAAGUAUGUGGAAUGCUUUCGAGAUUUUGUGACAAGUAUCAUGGGUAAAUACAACUUUGUGCCGUGGCUGAAAGCCAACGACGAAUUCUGUGAAACUGUUCUCCGACCGAAGUUUUAUGUUCUCGGUUAUGAUUGGCAACUUGUCGAAGAAGAGGAUGGUGAGCAACGGUUACUGGAUAUGGCUACUGGACAGAACGCUGAUGAUAAUAAUAGUGAUGAUAACAAGAAUGGUGAAAAUUCGUCGCAAAACGCGAACAGCAGUUCGAAAAUAGAAAGCGUAUCGGAAGGAAUUGUUGGGAGAGGAUGCAAUGCAGCGAAAAUCUCGUGCAGUGAUGACGGUUACGAGGAUGCAAGUGAUGAGAAUGAGGUUUGCAUCUCUGUCGUAGUCGUUAGUGGAGGCAUUUGGUUUUGUUUGUGA